GGCUCAGUGAGGAUCUGUGCGAACUGCUGCGGCCCGGAGACGGCAAUGUCGCCCGAGAGCAGCGCAAGUGACCUGUCUUAAACUCCGCCGUCGAGGCCAAAUUUCGCUAGAAAUCGCAAUGCUGCGCAUCACUGAUCUACCAAACGACUGCUUGCUCGCGUGUCUCGCGAGGUGCCCGUACGCCGACCUGCGCAAUGCUGUCCCCUCGACAUGCAAGCAAUUGCGUGAUGCCGUCGCGUCGUCGGCGUUCCGGAAGACGCGAGAGGCGUCGGGUUGGGUGGAGUGGGGCGUCUUCGCGACGGCACGAGGGGCUUCGACUGACGCCUGUUUUCUGAUCACCGAAUCGGGCACACGCCGUACGGCGCCACGUCCACCAUACCAAUCAGGCUACUAUGUCGAGCGCCCUCAAAACGAGGUCAUCGUCAUGAGUGGCCUGGAGCCUAUGCGCGCUCGCGCCUAUAACCCCAGCGAGAAUACAUGGCGGGACAUCGCACCGCUGGUGCGAAUGUAUGGCGGCAGGAAUUACGAUUCUCUUGACUAUCAAGCUUCAUUAGGCUGCGUUGGCGGCCAUCUUGUGGUCCUCGGUGGCGGGAUUGAUGAAAGCCGCGAGCCUUUGAUGAGGCGCAUGGAUGCGUACGAUCCAGCUGAGGACACGUGGUCGAGGCUGCCGGAUGUGCCAUUUACUAGCGACAUGAACGGCUUGGUUGAAGUCGGCGGGAAGUUGUAUUGCUUUGGUGGCUAUCAAGGGCAUCAAGGGCCCGGAAGUCAGCACGAAGAUGCACGGCGGACGUUUGUCUAUGAUCCAGCGACCCGCGCCUGGACGGACGGGCCGCGGCUUCCACACGAGCCACUGGUCAAUGAAUAUGGUCUUAAAUACAUUUCAGCCUUCGAGCGAUCAAAGCGUCUCUGUAUCAUGGGCACCUUUAGUCUGAAUGACGGCCCCUUUAGUCCCUCUCUUUUCUUGGCUUUCGUGUGGGACCCGACGAGAGAGACUUGGGACGCGUUUCCUACGCCGCCGGUCGUGCCCGAAUACAGGAGCGUUAGCCAGGUGGACGGUCAUGUUGUUGCUUACGGUUAUGAUUCUGCCGGGGAGCACAUCUUCGUGCUGCGUCCGGGCAGCAGAAACUGGGCCGAGUGGGACAUCCCCGCCGUGGUCGACAACGCAAUACCGUUGCCUCACUUCCACGCGGUCCGCAUCGGCUAGGAAUGUGUGUAUUGUAGUAAGUGUGUAGUAUACAAACAAGGGAUCUUAUACA